GACGAAAAAAGUUAAGAAGAAAGCCCGAAGUGGUGAUACAGAGAAGCGAGUUUCUACCCUUCCUCAGAAAACUGAACCUGUCGCCCAGCAAAGCAUUCCAAGCACUGAUGAUGGACUUUCAGUCAUAAAAGAGAGGAAAGUGUGUUCCAAUCUUGAUAAGGAUAUUGAUUUAGCUAAAUUUUCUUCAAGAAUAAGGUCUAUAGAACAUAUUAGAUGUGAAGAUCGCAGAGAAGGUGUGGUUGAUAAGCGAGCAAGUAAGGGAAGGGGCAAGCAGGUGCAGAAGAAAGGGGGAGGUUCUGUGGACAAGAAACCCGAGUCUAAAGCAAUUUGGGUUUGUUUGGAAUGUGGUCAUCUUUCAUGUGGGGAGAUUGGAUUCCCAACAACCCCUCAAACCCAUGCAGUUCAGCAUGCCAGGCAAACUCGUCAUCUGUUGGCUAUCCAAUUUGAAAACCUUCAACUACACUAGUGCUUCCCUUGCAAUACACUAAUUCCAAUUGAAAAAUUGGAGGAAAGUGGUGAACAGAAAGGUCCGCUGUCAGAUAUUGUGAAACUGGUAAAUGGGCGAUCAUUUCAAGGGGCCUCAGUGGAUGUUGAGGAUGUUUAUUUUGGGAGUGGCAGUGUUAUAAGUGAGAUAAAAUCAGAAAACACCAUUGUAAGUAGUUUGGAUGGAAAAAGUGGUUAUGUGGUCAAAGGCUUGGUUAAUAUUGGUAAUACUUGCUUCUUUAAUUCAGUCGCGCAGAAUCUCUUAGCAAUGGAGAGAUUACGGAAUCACUUCUUGGAAUGGAUGAGUCUAAAUCCUCUUACCGUUUCUUUAAAGAAGCUCUUUAUUGAAACUAGUCGAGAGGCUGGCUUGAGAAAUGUGAUAAAUCCAAAAUCCUUUUUCGGGUGUGUUUGUGCCAAGGCUUCCCAAUUUAGGGGGUAUCAACAGCAUGACAGUCAUGAGUUGCUUCGUUGUUUACUUGAUGGGUUGUGUGCUGAAGAGUUGAAUGCAAGAAAGCAGACUACUUCUCUGGAAAAUGGGAUUUCCUCAAAUCUAGGUCCUACUUUUGUUGAUGGCAUCUUUGGGGGCCAACUAUCCAGUACUGUUUCUUGUUUGGAAUGUGGGCACUCUUCAACAGUGUUUAACCCAUUUCUAGAUCUCUCUCCAGUUCUAACUAAGAAAUCCCCAUCUAAAAGGGCCCAACCUAUUUCUCGAGCCAAGAAACCAAAGCUGCCUCCAAAAUGAAGUGGAAGGAUUCAUUCAAAGCUUAAUAGGGAUGCAGAUUUUGUAGCAUCUGAAAGUGUUUCAGUUCCGUCAGCUGGUGGUUCAUCUUCUUGCCAAGUAGAAUCUACUGUGCCUGUCAAAGAAAAAGUGGGAGAUGCUUUGGUCGAUUAUACACUGUUUGAAUCCGUUGGCCCUAGUACACUGGCAGAUAAAAAGAGUUCAGUUUCAUCAAAUCUCUUGACUGCUGAAGAGUUUGAAAAGAAUACAUUCCUCAAGAAUGUCAUGGAUAAAACAGAGGCUUCAGUUGACAAUUUAGCAUGGUUGGAUUACCUGGAACCAGAUCCUGUGUCAAAUGACAAUGAUACAGAUUCAAAACCUAAAGAUAUUGCAGCAAUUUAUGAUUCAGGAAAACAAUAUGGUGUUCAAAACGAUGCCUUGUUACGGGAUGGCAUAGAAUCUAGCAGGCAGAUCCAUUCUCUUUGUAUAGUAGAAACAGCAGGUUCAUUGGACAAUUUGACAUGGUUGGAUUACCUUGAACCCAAUACAUUAUCAGAUGAUCAUGUUAUGGCUUCCAAAGUUGACGAUGCAUUAGUAGUCCAAGAUUCUGGAGGCAAGGAUGGUUUAGGGAAUUCUUUUGAAAAUGACCUCCCAUUACGGGUCCAAGAUUCUGAAGUUCUGUUGCUUCCUCAUAAAGAAGAAACUUCAACUAGUGGUGAGAUAUUGCGAGAAGGUGUCAUCGUCAGCUGUUGGCUGGUCCAAGAUUCUGAAGUUCUGUUGCUUCCUCAGAAAGAAGAAACUUCAACUAGUGGUGAGAUAUUGAGAGAAGGUGAGGUCUCAUCGUCAGCUGUUGGCUGUGAGCCAGAUGCGUUGGACUUUGAUGGCUUUGGAGACUUAUUUGAUGAGCCAGAAAUUGCUGCAGGGCCCGAUGUAAAACCCUGUCAAGUGAGUAAUUUUCCGGCAAACGAAAUUGCAGAAACUGGUUUCUUAGAUAGAAAUAGCAGUGAGUCUGAUCCAGAUGAAGUCGAUAAUAGUGAUUCUCCAGUGUCCAUAGAGAGCUGUUUGGCGUAUUUCACGAAGCCAGAGCUUCUCUCCAAUGAACAUGCUUGGCAUUGUGAAAACUGUUCAAAAGUUCUUCGUGAGCGAAGGAUGAAUUCAAGGAAAAAGAGGCAGAAAGCUACAUCCAAGAUUCAGGUAAGCGGGGUUGAGGAUAGUAUUCAAAGUGCUCCAAGUGCAACUUAUAAAUAUAAGCACGACUCUGAAUUCAAUGCUGCACAAACCAGACCAAAUAAGCAGAUAAAUAUGAUACAAAACUUUCUAAAUGGUAAACACAUAAAUAUAAGCGCGUCUCUGAAUUCAAUAAUGGGAUAUUAGAUCGGAAUAGUUGCGACUUUCAAAUUAAUGUGACAGAAUUCUGACUAGAACUACAUAAUACAAGAGUAUCGUACUUAUAAAGGAUAAUCUCAGAAAAUAUAAAGAACACAAACAUAGAUUUGUACCAAGUAGAAAACUUAUACAUAAAACAAAUUUCGUAAAAUAAUAAUCUGCAACAAUAUUAUCAGAUUCUAAUAAACAAAAUCAUGAAUAACCAAAAAUUACGGUUAAAGACAACAUAAUAACUAAAAAUUCUAUUGGUAAACAAACCAAAAGUGUUCCAAAAAAAAAAACAUAGAAUAAAAUUCUGUAUUGAAAACAGAAUGCAUAUACAACAAAAUCCAGAAAAGAAAACUAACAAUCUGUAUUUUUUGAAAAACAUUAUUAUCCAUUAAAUUAAAUUAAAUUAAUUGAUGUUGCAUACUUACUCAAUAUGACUUAAUGGUCAUAAUCAAAAUGAUAGAAUUUUAGAAAACCAAAUGGAUGUCUUAUUCUUAUAAUAGAUAUGGAAAACAGAAAAAGAAUCAAUACCCAUAGACGAAACAUGCAAAACAGAUUUAAAAUUGACUGUAUAAUCACAACAGAAACUGAAAUUUGUCUGACAACAAAUUUAAUAUAGAACUGACAUUAGUAUACUGGAAUAGAAUUCCACCUAAACACAAUUGUAAGUAUUAUUUUAUGAAAAAUGCACACAUAAGUGGCAUGUUUUAUGCUUUUAACUCAAUGAGUCAACCUCAACUAAUUCAGUAAUUACUUUCUGUCAAAACUUCUAAUGGUGUUAUCAAUUAGACCAAAUUGACAUAAAAUUUAAAAUUAAGGGUCAAAAUUGAGUCAAUUGAGAGUGUAAAACUAAAAUAACACUGGAUAAAAUGUAGGGACUGCCAAAGUAAUUUAUCCCAAAUUUUGUUUUUGGUACAUAACAGUUUUAUCUCGGCAAGCUAAAUGAAUAAAAAUAGAUGUUAGGAUCAGUGAGACUACUUUCAAAUUAAUUUUAAUGAUUCAAACCGUUAUUUUUAUAAGAGUUAUUGAAAAAAUUAUUUAUAAAAAAUUAAAUUAAUUCGGCAUUGAUAACUCUCUACCACAAGUGUUCUGGUGCCAAAAUUCAAACAUGACAGAUGGCAGCUUGUUAGACUUUUCUCUAAUUGAGGCUGCUGGUCAUACCGACCACUUCAAACUAUAUAUUCGUGUUUAAUUGAGGAUGUAUUUGAAUCUUAUAUUUCAAUAUACGUUUUCAAAGAGAGACAAAAAGAAAAUUAUAAAGAAAAAGUAAAAAAAAAAUUGAUUUAUAUUAUUGUGAAUAUUUGUCUCUUCUUUUUUUUUUUCCCUCUUAAAUCACUAUUAUAUAAUUCAAAAUUUAAACAUUGUUUAAAAAUUGCGAGUUACCAUUGUUUUUUUUCAAUAAUAUUCAUAAAUUUUAAUUGAUCUCAGCUUACAUCUAGUUAGGGGUGUAAAAAUGACUCGUGACCCGUAAGCGGUCCGAAACCCGCCAACAGUUCGGAGUGGACCCGGUCCGGUUAAGCUCAGGCCUGAAUCCAGCCCAAAAGCUUAAGCCUGAACUGUCAUUUUAAAAUCCGGCGAGGCUGGCCAGACCAUUGAAAUAUUGUGUUUGGAUACAUAUCUUGAUUGGUUUGGUGUGAAUGCAGAAUUGGAGAGAAGAAAAGAAUAAUUUUGCUGUUGAAAAGUCUAUUCAAUAGUCCUGUAAUAAUAGAGGUCUUAGUGAGUGGAUAUAAAUAAAGAAGAAAAUAAUAAUUUUGCAGUUGAAAAGUCUAUUCAAUAGUUUUGUAAUAAUAGCCGUCUUAGUGAGUGGACAUAAAUAAAUUCGAGGGUAAAGAAAACCUUUCAUAACAGACAAAAAUAAGAUAAAUUCAACAAAAAAUAUAUAUAUUGUUCACUCACCCUUUAUAUAUAUAUGGAUGAAUAUGCAUAUGUAUGUAGAUAAAAAGAGUCAUAAAAGUUUGUUGUUGUUUGGAAAGUCCUCUCGACUGUCAUCCUGCUCUUGGUUUUUGAGGUGUCUGUAAGUGAAUUGGUUUAUAUUUGGAGGCCUCUCCUUCCUGGUAUGUUUGUCCACUUAUUUAUUUAUUUGUUUAUAUAUAUAUUAACAAUUGGUAGCUAGAAGGGAAAAAAUGAAAGAAAUCAAAAUUUCCAUAAGACACUGUUAUGAAGUACGGAUAUUUUUUUCCGAUAUUUCAAAAAGAGAGACGUAUUUUUAUUAUGUUUGUAUUAGAUAUCUACUUUUUGGAUAUUCAUAGAUAUGUAUCAGAUACUCUAAAUUACAUAAUACUUCUUUUACAAAAUUAAAAUUGUAGUAUUUCUUGUAUAAUAAUAUAAUAUAAAUAAUUGUAAGGAUAAAUAUAAGAAUACUUUUCUAAUAUUUUAUUUAGUUAUUUGAUAAGAAAAAAUAUAGUGAAUUAAAGUAAUUAAAUUUGUCCAAUUGAUAUAUCUUUUGUCUUUCAUGCAUGUCCCAUAUAAUUAUAUAGAAAGUAAGUAUUAAUAAGAGAAUAUAAUAAUAGUAUAAUUAAAUUUAAAUAUCAACAUAUAAAUAAGCAAGUAAACUUGAAAACAAUAUUCUUUAUCUGUGUCAAAAGGAAAAAUGCAGGGACAAGUUGUAAAUUGUUUUAUUAUUGUAAUACAAACAUAUUAGAUAUUGAAAUAAAAUGUUUUCAAGAUUUAUUGAAAAUUAAAAAGUAAACAAGCUACUGUCUUAAAUUAAUAUAUAAUUCUUAAAUGUUAAUAUUUUGUAUUAUAAAAUUAUAGUAUGAUUUUUCAACAUUCUUGAUUUUAUGCAUAACUUGUUAAUAAUAAUUUUAAAAAAUAAUUUAUCUAUUUUUUAAAAAAACAUAUCCUAAUCAUAUUGAUUCCAUAUUUUUUUACUUUUUGUUCUAUAGUCGUGUUUGUAUCGUAUUAUAUCUAAUAUCUUGCUUCCUAGACACAAUGACAAGAUUUGAACUAAAUAUCACACCUGAUCCCCGGCCCCGGCCCGGCCCGGUCCGUUGCCAUUCCUAGCACAAGGAGAGGGGGAUCAGGAGGAGCAUUGGCCUGCAAACGGUUUGAGAAACACAUGCAUAUGUAUGUAGUUUUAGUAGUUUUAUCUAAGAGUAAUGUUCUAUAUAAUUAUAUUUUUUAUUUUAGUUUCUCACUCUUGAACUCAAAGUAAUAGGCCCUAGGCCUUUAUAUUCAUAAAUGCAGAUAAAAUCUGCUUGCUUUCUUGUGUUUUGUAGUGAGAAAAAGAUAUGAGGAAUAAGAUUAUAGGUAGCAUUUUGCUUCACCUAAUGUUAUCUAUCACUGAAAUUCUUAAGGGUUGAGUUCCUCUCCAAUGGUGAUUCCACUAGAUAAAUUUUGUUGUCCAAUUUUGUAAGAUAAAUGUGAUACGAUCUUGUAAUUAUCAAUAUCCAAUUAAUUUAAUUUUUUAAAUAAAUUAACUUAUCUACGGAUCCUAUAAAUUGAAAGGUUACAAUCAAUUAGGCGGUCCUAAAGUGAACCGAGGAGCCCAACCCAAUAGCACCACUCCAAUUAGAUCACCAACUCAAAAAAAUAAAAAAUAAAAAAUAAAAAUUCUUCAGAAAAUUUGCCAAAAAAUUAGAUAUAGGAGAUAGACUUUGAAGCAUUUCAAGGUUGUUCCAUUUUUUUUAGAUAACUAAAAAAAUAUACUAGCGAUGGUCAGUCUGUAAUGUGAGCUUUGAAAUUUAUGAGAAAAUCUUUUUGGAAAACUCUUUUAGACUGGUCUGUGAUCUUUUAAGUUUGGCUUCAUUUACGUAAUAUAUCAUAUGUUCUUUCUUUUUUUCUUUUAUAGAUAUAUAUAUAUAUAUAUAAUAAAUUUGGUAAUUUGUUUAGACAGGAUUUCCACUAAUUUUACAGAAUAUGCUGUCGAAUGCAAGUGUUGAUCCUGUCUCCCUUCACUUAGAUGAAAAGCUUGCACACCUAUGUGGUAAAGACUCCGAGUGUUAUAUCUACAAAGUGCAUGAUCGACUACGUUGGCAAAAUGAAAAGUUAUAUGAACCAGAAAUAAUUGCUAUAGGACCAUAUCACCAUGGUAAAGACAACCUACAAUGGAUGGAAAAACACAAAUUACGGUAUUUGCAAUUGCUUCUUAAACGAAGAAAUGAGACUAGUGUGGAUAGAUACAUAGUAGCCAUGAGAGAUUUGCAAGAACGAGCACUUAGAUGUUAUGCAAACUCUGUAUGGCUUAACAAAGACGAGUUUGUGAAAAUGAUGCUUCUUGACAGCUGCUUUCUCAUUGAGUUGUUUCGCAAAUUUACCAUAACAAGUAUGAGAGAUAGAAAUGACCCACUCUUCAAAA